AUGUCUCUCGCGCUAUCCGAUAACUUGCCUCCUCAGCCCAUGACUGAUAUCUUUACCGAUGACACAAACAUUGAUCGCCGGAAGUGCCACCGCACAGUGCCUAUGAAGGUGCUCGCUCUGGGUGUUGGCCGAACCGGAACUGCCUCUCUGCGCAAAGCUUUCGAACGUCUGGGCUAUGGCAAGUGCUACCACAUGAUGUGCGCCAGUGUUGAGAACCCACCGGAUUGUCUCAUGUGGCACGAUGCCCUGAACGCAAAGUACAAGGGAGAGGGCGAGUUCGGCCGUAAGGAAUGGGACCAGCUGCUGGGUGACUGCCAGGCCGUCUGUGACUGGCCCGCCUGUGCCUUUGCAAAGGAGCUCAUUGAGGCAUACCCUAACGCCAAGGUCAUCCUGACCACCCGCGACGUCGACCCAUGGCACGCAUCCGUCAUGAAGACCGUCUACUGGCGCGUCUCAGACCCAGAGCACAAGUUUGUCUCAAACUUCAGCUGGGCCGCUGGAAUGUACUACCCAAUGCUGAACAAGUUCUUUGAGACCUUCUUCCGCGGCGACUUCCCCGGAAAGGGCAAGCAAGUCUACGAAGACCACGUCGCCGAAGUGCGCAGCCUGGUUCCCCCCGAGCGUCUGCUCGAGUACAACAUCAACGACGGCUGGGCCCCGCUUUGCGAGUUCCUCGAGGAGGAAAUUCCUGAUACGCCUUUCCCCCGCGGUAACGACAUGGCCGAUUUCUACAAGCGCUGCAGUACCCGUAACCGUCACCAGAUGAUGAACGCUGCGCUGCAGGCUGUUACUAUUGGUGGUUCGUUGCUUGCUGCUGGGUUUGCUGCUACGGUUGCUUUCAAGCGGUUUUCUCGUUAA